CUGAAUAAGAAGGGUGAAGGAGGUCCCAAGUUCAAAUUCUCCUCCCCUCAUUUUCUAUUUGACAACAAUUCUUCUCUAGUAUGUAUACAAGUUUAUCCUUCAUCUUUUCUGAAGUUUUGAUAGAAGGAUUCCUCUACUAAUGUAAGACAAUCAACUCCAUUCGUUAGAAUAGCUUCCAUCGAGUCUCUGCACCUAUCCUUUUUUAUUUUCGCUUUCUAAACCUUUGUUUGUUUUCGGAAAACAUGAUUUGGCUCAGGAUUGCCCAUUUUUAUUAAUUCCAGGGUUUCUCUGAAUUUGAAAGUUAUCGCUUAGUAAGUUUCCAUACCAAGGCUCAAUCCAAUUAAGUCCUUAGCGUCUAUACAAGGACCAUUUUUAUAAUUUUGUCUAAAACUAACAAGCAACAAGCUAAUAAGCUGAUAACACCCUUAGUGAAUCACUUCCUCCCUCUCCCACCGCCAUCUCAUGAAUUUACAGAGAUGGAAACUGAAAGCAAAUAGGAAGAGGAUAUUUUAUUGUUUAGGAUUGUCGUUCAAUUUGGUUCGAUUUUGGGCUUUUACACAAAUCAGUGAAAGAGACAAAUAAAAUGGAGAAGAGAGAUGUCAAAAGAAGUCAACAGCAUGAACGACUUAUGUAAUUUAGUCUUAUUUUAGUGGCGUAUAGGGAAGAACUUCAACUAACACCAACUCGUGGACGAUGGAACACGUCAAGAACCAGAACAACACUUUUCAUAGCAAUUUACUUUUGAAAAACCUUUAUAUUCAUUAUCGUCGUCGUCCCCAAAUGACUAGGUCAAGAAUGCACUCCAACCGUUUGUUCAAAGUUCUGAAAGAGCCAACGCGUUUGACUGGUAGAUUGGAACAGAGUGAUAUUUCUUCUACCUCGGGUAGUAAUCCUAGUAUCAUUGGUGCUCGAAGAAAGAUCUCAGAAUCAUCAAUACAUACAGCAAACUGCAACUCUAUCUACAGAAAACUUAUUUCAGGCUUAAGGGAUAAAGCCAUAAGUACAUUCCAAUCUAGAUCUGCAACAAGCAUGGAGGUAAACUUUGAAGAUUUGUCAAAGGUUCAAAGAAAUGAAGUUGACCACAUUCAUAUGCUAAAUGCGACUUAUGAUAAUUAUGAUGGAGUCAUUGUGGACAUUAAGGAGAAUAUGGAUGAAGAUAUCUUUACCACUCUACUUCAAACAUCAAUAUCCCAAUGGAGGCAACAGGGUAAAAAGGGAGUUUGGCUUAAACUGUCUCUUGAACUUGUGAGUCUUGUUAAGCCUGCAGUGAAGGAAGGAUUUUGGUAUCAUCAUGCUGAACCAACAUACUUGAUGCUUGUGUAUUGGAUUCCUAAAACAAAUCAUACUCUUCCAUCUAACGCUUCUCAUCGUGUUGGUGUUGCUGCUUUUGUGGUCAACUCAAAAGGGGAGAUUCUUGUAGUGCAAGAGAAAAGUGGAGUGUUUAAAGGCACAGGGGUAUGGAAAUUACCAACUGGUAGUGUUGAGGAGGGUGAAGAUAUAUGUACAGCUGCAAGCAGGGAAGUGAAAGAAGAAGCUGGAAUUGAUACAGAAUUUGUGGAAGUUCUAGCAUUCAGGCAAAGCCACAUGUCAUUCUUUAGCAAAUCGGAUCUAAUGUUUGUGUGUAUGCUAAAACCAACAUCUUUUGAGAUCGAAAAGCAAGAGUCAGAGAUUGAAGCAGCUAAGUGGAUGCCUAUUGAAGAAUACGCCAAUCAGCCCUUUGUAAAGAAUCGCAAAUCAUUUGAGUAUAUUGCUAAGAUAUGCAUAGAAAAGAAAGAUAACAAAUAUGUCGGCUUCAAUGCAUUAUCUACAGCAACUGCUACAUCUCUCAAAAACAGCUAUUUGUAUUCUCAUCAUCAGGAGGAGUAGUUAUCUGAUUCACAUAUUCAAGAACCCAAAACUGGAAAAACAGAAAAUGAUCAUGAAAUUAAGACUCAC